ACAGCUUCCACAUCAAUAUCUCACCCUCGCCCUCACCCCUCAAUUCAGCUGCUCCUAAUGAUAUCUUCGUGACAAAGAAAUCUAAGAUCAAAUCCAACUACACAACCUGAUGAUGAUUCAGCCAGAAAUGGAACGUUGCCUGAUUUUAAUGAAUAUUGUAGUGUUGAUGAUAAGUUGUUGUAGUGCUUCACAUCAUGAGGGCGGCAAGCUCCGAGUAGGGUUCUACGCCAAGAGCUGCCCCAAAGCGGAGUCCAUCGUCCGUGGAGUAGUCCAGCAAGCAGUCGCUGCCGACCAAAAUAACGCCCCCGUCUUGCUCAGACUUCACUUCCAUGACUGCUUCGUUCAGGGAUGUGAUGGGUCAAUUCUGAUAGAUAAAGGGUCGGCAACAGAUGAAAAGCAUGCUUUUGGGCACCAAGGUGUUGGAGGAUUUGAUGUGAUUGAGAGAGCAAAAGCGGAGGUGGAAGCUGUUUGCCCUGGACUUGUGUCUUGUGCCGACAUUCUGGCUUUGGCUGCCAGAGAUGCUGUUGCCCUCGCAAAAGGGCCAAGGUACGAGGUUGAAACAGGGAGAAGGGAUGGUGUGGUGUCUGAUGUAAGGUUGGCUGAUAAUAUGCCUGAUGUUGCUGACUCUAUUCACAACCUCAGAGCUAAGUUCUCUCGGAAAGGCCUCUCGGACAAGGAUCUUGUCCUCCUCAGUGCCGCACAUACGAUCGGCACCACCGCCUGCUUCUUCAUGACCCAAAGGCUCUACCAGUUCCCGGCAACCGGCGGCUCCGAUCCCUCCAUAAACCCUGACUUCCUGCAGGAGUUGAAAUCCACGUGCCCGAGGAACGGAGAUGCGAAUGUCCGUUUGCCGAUGGACCGCGGCAGCGCGGAGACGUUCGACAACCAAAUCCUGAAGAACAUCAGGAGCGGCUUCGCGGUGCUGCAAUCCGAUGCUAGCCUCUAUCAAGACAAGGCUACAAAGGGUGUGAUCGACUCCUAUCUGGGGCCGCGGAGCUCGUCGUUUGAGGCGGACUUCGCGGCGUCGAUGGUGAAAAUGGGGAGGAUUGGUGUGUUGACUGGAUCACGUGGAACGAUCAGGCGUGUGUGCUCGUCUUUUAAUUGAUGAAAUCAAUUUGGACGGUGUGUGAUGUUUCUUGAUUUCUUCAUGGUAUAUACUGAUUUUGGCCAACUGUAGACGUUUGCGUAGAGAGACUCAAGAUUUUAAAACUUUGUGCACUUGAAUUGAGUAAAAUGGUUACGGGAAUCUUUACCACUCCGUAUCAUUACCGGUAAGUAGGAUUAUUACGUUGGCCAUGUCUUUAAGUAUCACUCAAAUUUGCAACAAAAAUAGGAGGGGUAUGGGAGAUGGCAUGUGACGGUGUGUUGUUUUUGUAUGCACAGACAAAAUGUCAAAAUGAAAAUGGAAAAUGACAAUAGUCUCAA